AUGUCGAGGCCCGGGGGAAUCCAAUGGCUGCUGGUCGCCUGUGGCCCCAGCUGCGUGAGGUUGAACAUGAAGCUGCUCUUCGUGACGGCCUUCCUGGUCGCCAGACUCGCCAUCAUCAACGCUCAACAAGCACAAUACUCCAUCGUCACGACAAACUACGGGAAGCUGAGGGGAUUAAAAAUGCCGUUGCCCAAUGAGAUCCUUGGACCCGUGGAGCAGUACCUGGGGAUUCCGUACGCCUCCCCGCCCACCGGCGAAAGGAGGUUCCAGCCCCCUGAGCCCCCCAUUUCUUGGCCCGGAAUUCGAAAUGCCACCCAGUUUGCGUCGGUGUGCCCGCAAUACCUCGAGGACAGGUUUUUGCUCAACGACAUGUUGCCUGUCUGGUUUACCGCCAAUUUGGAUACGGUGGUAACUUAUGUACAGGACCAAAAGGAAGACUGCCUGUACUUAAACAUCUACGUUCCUACAGAGGACGACAUCCAUGAUGAGAAUGGCUUGAAGCCAGUCAUGGUGUACAUUCAUGGUGGAUCGUACAUGGAAGGCACAGGGAAUAUGAUUGAUGGCAGCAUCCUGGCCAGCUACGGGAACGUCAUCGUGGUGACCAUCAACUACAGAUUAGGAAUUCUGGGUUUUCUGAGCACAGGGGACCAGGCUGCAAAAGGCAACUACGGGCUGCUUGACCAAAUUCAAGCACUGCGAUGGAUCAAAGAAAACAUCCAGGCUUUCAAAGGGGAUCCCAAGAGGGUCACCAUAUUUGGGUCUGGUGCUGGAGCCUCCUGUGUGAGCUUAUUGACACUCUCCCACUACUCAGAAGAUCUUUUCCAGAAAGCCAUCAUUCAGAGUGGAACAGCACUUUCCAGUUGGGCAGUUAACUACCAGCCCGCCAAAUACACGCGGAUGCUGGCGGAGAAGGUUGGCUGCAACAUGCUGGACACCAGCGACUUGGUUGAAUGCCUUCAGAACAAGAACUACAAGGAGCUCAUCGAACAGAAUAUCACACCUGCCAAGUACCACAUUGCUUUUGGGCCUGUCAUCGAUGGAGACGUAAUACCGGACGACCCGCAGAUCCUGAUGGAGCAGGGGGAGUUUCUGAAUUACGAUAUCAUGCUUGGCGUCAACCAGGGGGAGGGAUUUAAAUUUGUGGAUGGCAUUGUUGACAGCGAAGAUGGUGUUUCAGCCAACGAUUUUGAUUUUGCUGUGUCUGAUUUUGUCGAUCACUUGUACGGGUACCCAGAGGGGAAGGACACCCUUCGAGAGACCAUCAAGUUCAUGUAUACAGACUGGGCCGACAAGGAGAACCCCGAGACUCGCAGGAAGACACUGGUGGCGCUUUUCACUGACCACCAGUGGGUGGCACCAGCGGUAGCCACCGCAGACCUUCAUGCUCAGUAUGGCUCACCCACUUACUUCUAUGCCUUUUACCAUCACUGCCAAAGUGACAUGAAGCCCAGCUGGGCAGACUCGGCCCAUGGAGAUGAGGUCCCUUAUGUGUUUGGCAUCCCAAUGAUUGGGCCCACAGAUCUCUUCAACUGCAAUUUCUCCAAGAAUGAUGUUAUGCUGAGUGCUGUAGUCAUGACGUAUUGGACUAACUUUGCCAAAACUGGAGACCCAAACCAGCCAGUACCCCAGGACACAAAAUUCAUCCACACAAAACCAAACCGUUUUGAAGAGGUGGCCUGGUCCAAGUACAACCCGAAGGACCAGCUUUACCUGCACAUCGGCCUGAAGCCAAGGGUCCGAGAUCAUUACAGGGCUACCAAGGUGGCCUUCUGGCUGGAGCUGGUGCCACACUUGCACAAUAUAAACGAACUGUUCCAGUACGUAUCGACCACCACCAAGAUCCCUCCUCAGGAUACCACUCCCUUCUCAUACACCAAGCGUUUCCAGGGGAAGACAUGGCCGUCUACCACCCGUCACCCCGUGGUCCCUCCGGCUAAUACCAAGCAGGUGACCGACCAGCAGAAGACGGUGGACCCAGCCGACUCUGCGGUCGUCAUUGAGAACAAGCGCGACUACUCCACCGAGCUGAGCGUCACCAUCGCGGUGGGGGCCUCCCUGCUUUUCCUCAACAUCCUGGCCUUCGCUGCCCUCUACUACAAGAAGGACAAGCGUCGGCACGAGUCCAACCGCCGGCCCAGCCCGCAGAGGAACGCCACUGCCAACGACAUCGCCCACAUCCAGAACGACGAGAUCAUGUCCAUGCAGAUGAAGCAGCUGGAGCACGAUCACGAGUGUGAGUCCCUGCAGGUGCACGACACGCUCCGCCUGACGUGCCCGCCAGACUACGCCCUCACGCUGCGACGCUCCCCUGACGACAUCCCGCUCAUGACGCCCAACACCAUCACCAUGAUCCCCAACUCUCUCGCCACCAUGCAGCCCCUACACUCCUUCAACACCUUUAGCGGCAGCCAGAACAGCACCAACCUCCCCCACGGACACUCCACUACACGUGUAUAGCUUUGCACAGAGCUACUGCUAAGGCCACAAUAAAAAAAGUAUAAAAAAUCAACAAUUUACAAUAACAAAAUCGUUUGAAGAAGAGAAGAAAAACUUUCCAGUGGAGACUGAUUACAGAAGAUAUUAUUUUGUUACCAAGCAUUCUUAAAAAUUAAAUACUGGCAUCUGAACUUGACUAAACCUGUCAAAUGUGAAAAGUGAAUGUCACAAUAGUAAUACCACAUAACUUUCUAGAAGGGUCAAACAAGCAGAACAACAACCACAAUACAAAUAUUUGACUUUAAAGUGUUUUGUUCCACAACACUGAUGUACUGAGAAUACAUAUGAUGUGUAUUUUUCUUUGGAGCAAGUGACCAUUAGGUCAUGCUCAAGGCUGAAAAGAAAGGUUUUCCAAAUAAAAGCAAGGGAGCCUUGGGCUAAUUAGUGAAAUGUUGGUGAUCAGAGUCAAAUAUCCCAGCCUGAAUUGUAAAUAAAAAAACUUUGUAAAAAAAAAAAGAUAAUUAAAAAAAUGUAAAUAGUUGUGAGUACAACAAAUACAAAAAAAUGCUUUUACUGGUGUUUCAGUUGAAAUAUGGCUUUUAAGGAACUUGUGCUUUUCCCUUAAAAUUAAAUAUUGAUUUUUAUUUUAAAUAUAAAAAUAGCAUAAUUCAUUGUUUUGAAAGAAAAUAAGCUAAUUAUUUAAAUUUGUUUAAAAGCAUAUAUCCUACAAAACAUUUUUUAUUUCAUUUUAUUGUUUUUACAUCCAUAGCUUUAUAAGCUGCAUUUCCAGAAAUACAGUGGGCUCCAGAUUUAUUGGCACCCUUACUAAAAAUGGAGAAAAAAGGCUGCAUAUAAUAAACAACAUAGAUUUAAAAUACAAGAACUAUAUAAUUUUAUUUCACUACAUUUACAUAUUACUAAUUUUAGUACUAUACCUUUUUCUGAAAACCACAGGUGCCAUCAUUUUUGGCACCCCUAACAAUUAUUGCAAAUAAAAUCAAAACCAAGUGAAAUUGGAAAUACAAUUGUACUUAAUUUAGAUAAACUCUUUAUAAUUUAUACCUUUAGAAUUUAGUAUAAAGGAACUAUAUUGUGUCAUCCCAUCACUUCCUGUUUCAAAUGAGGAUAAGAAGCAUGCAAACUCCCUGUCAGCCAUUAGCAUGGGAAAAGCAAGAGAACUGUCAAUUCAGGUGGUAAUUGACAGUCACUUGUUGGGUUUGGAUUACAAAAAACAUACCAUUUAGCACUGUAAGGGCAAUAAUAAAAAGGUGUAAAACAUAAGAAAUGGCUGCAAACUUGCCAUGGAGAGGAUGCAAAUGCACACUGUCCUCACGGACGGGAGAGAUUGUUGAGGUUGUGUCUUGGGUCACUAAGUCUAAGAAAAUCUAAAUGGCACCUCUGUACCAAAAAAAUAUUUGGAAGAGUGGCAUGAAGACAGCCCUUACUGAGCACAAUAAACAAAACCAAGCAUCUUGAAACCUCCUUGGAAUUAUGACUGGAAGAAAGUGUUAUGGUCAGAUGAAUGUUUUGGCCAUACACACAUGUUGACAUGUUUGGCGCCAAAAUGGAAUGCAUUCAAAGAAAAGCAUAGGGCGCCCUGUAGCAUAGUGGUUAGGGUAAAUGACUGGGACACGCAAGGUUGGUGGUUCUAAUCCCGGUGUAGCCACAAUAAGAUCUGCACAGCUGUUGGCUCCUUGAGCAAGGCCCUUAACCCUGCAAUGCUCCAGGGGAGGAUUGUCUCCUGCUUAGUCUAAUCAACUGUACGUCGCUCUGGAUAAGAGCGUCUGCCAAAUGCCAAUAAUGUAAUGUAAUCUCAUAUCUACUGUCAAAUAUGGAGGUGGGUCAUUGAUGUUUUGCUGCCAGUGGUCCAGGAGCAUUAUUUAAGAUCAAUGGCACAAUUAAUUCAACAAAGUACCAGAAAAUCUAGGCAGAAAAUCUGAGACUUGGUCAUACUGUAGGUAGAUUGUCCAGCAGAACAAUGACUCCAAACAUUCAUCAAAAAUGGUUAAGUAAAAACAAUAACCAUGCAAUGGCCAGUCUCCAGACUUAAAUAUCCAUGAAAAUCCUGUGGCCUGAACUAAAGAGUGAGUCUCCAAAAGAUAGCAAUGAUUCUGAAAUGUUCUGCAUGGAGGAAUGGUCAAAAAUCCCUCCAAAUGUGUCUCUAACCUUAUCACAACUUAUCUUUGCCAGGGGUAUUUGCACAAAGUAUUAAACCAGUGGUGCCAAUAAUAAUGGAACCGGUUUUUUGGAAAUGUUUUUUGUUUUGUUUUUAUUUGAAAAUUGUAAGACUUUGGCUGAUUCCAUUGAAUCAUUAAUAAAGCACACUGCUUUACACAUGUUGGAAAAUAAAGCUUAUGUCAAUAACUAUUAUUUUUUUUGUUUACAUAAUUUUUUGUGCAUAUUUAUCAAGGGUGCCAAUAAUUCUGGAGCCCACUGUUGUGUUCACCUUCUUUUCAGAUUCUUCAUACAGUAUUUUUAUAGUUCUUUUUUCUUUAGCAACCAAAACACUGCCUCAGCUUCAAAAGUGACCAGCAUUGUAUCAUUUAGAAAGAGGCAGUGGUUAUUGUUAUCAAUAUUAGAUUGAUAUAUUCGUAAAUGAAUAUGUGUUUGAUAUUUCAAAUCAUCAUAUGCUAGCAAUAUGUAUUGUGCCAAGCUUGUGAUAUUUUGGGGUUAAAAGCAAGUAAAUUGCUUUGAAUGAGGUGAAAUAUUAUUGGAAAUGACCAUUAAUCGUAAUUAUUUCAUGUAUGCAUCUACUUCAAAAUUAAAUGAAAAAAAUCCCAGUGGAGGAUUAUACUGCUAGAUAUGUACAUUUCAGCAAAGGAACCCCUCCUGAUUACUGACCCUUCAACACACCCAGGGUCUUAAUGUAGGAUUUUAGAUUUUACUGUUUGUCUCAUAUUUUUUGCAGUUUUUGCCUUAAGUGAUAGAUGAUAUUUCUGGCUGGACACAUGUAUAAAGUUUUUUCUGCUGCAUUUUUAAUAAAAUAUUAAAAUAUUUUCUAACAUGGUGCUUAUGUAUAUAUACUGCAUAAAUAUGAGGACUGCCGAGAUAGUUUUUGCAUGGACAUUUCUUUCAGAUGUCACAGGAAGAGAUGGGAGAACUGCAAUAAGUGAUGGAAGACUGGUCCAAUAUGUUCUGUGUAUAUAUCUGUAUAUAACCCUUCAUAUGUAAAUUAUUGUUUAUUAUAGUGUAAAUUUGUCUUUGCUUAAACUGUCAUAGCUUUCCCCUUCCUUGGAAUAGCACCUUGAACAAUAAAAUCCUACAAACUGA